AUGGAAUCAAAUACCCCGGAAUCCUCGCGUGGUCUGUCUCAAAGCUCGAACGACCGGUGGCUCGCUCUCACGCGCCGCAACCGAUCAUCCCACUCAUCUUUUCUAUAUGGCGUGAAAUCGACAAAGAUUUACUGUCGGCCCACUUGCCCUGCUCGUCUUGCGAGAAGAGCCAAUGUUGUUUUCUAUGAUACCGCAGACCAAGCGCGGCGCGAUGGAUUUCGCCCGUGCAAGAGAUGUCAACCAGAUAAUGUGGACUUUGUAGGGGACAGGGAGGAGGUUGUUACAAAAGUCAUAGAGCUCCUGCGGGUAAGGAAGGAUAGUUUGACUAUGAAGUUCGGCUUGAAAGAGUUGGCCAAGGAGGUCGGAGUAACGCCAAGUUAUCUGUGUCGUGUAUUUAAGAAAACCAUGGGGAUCACGGUAGGAACUUACUUGAUGGAGUUUGAGAAGGAGUCCAGUGAGGAUGGGUCGGAGAGCACAGCGCGUACUCCGAGUCAACUUGGAUCCGAUCUGGGGUUAGGGGCAGGGUUGACACUUCCAACGACAGGAGAGGAUCCCCAGAUCUACUGUGAUGGUCUGCAAGAGCUCAAGUCGAAAGAAAGAGAAGGGAAUAUUGCGGAGGCUCUAGACUUGAACUUUAAUUUCGACGAGUGCUGUGCCAACAUUGACGAUCAGUUUUGGACUGAAGAUUAUUGGACCGAGGACUCGUGGAAUGCAGGGUUCUGGAACGAAGGAUCCCUGUACUGA